UCGGAGAAGGCGUUACCGAACUUUUCACUGAGCUUGCUACCAUGAUGGAACGAUUUCAACUGCAUCCGUACGUCAAAGCAACGCGCAAGCCCAAGGUAUGCGACAAAUACAAGCCGGUCAAGAGGAGAUGCGCGAACGUAUGGAUGAAAUGAUGCAAGUUCUACGCGAUAGACCGUCUCUCCAAGAGGCUGUCGAUCUACAGGAGCAGGGGGAUCCUGCUGCUGAGAUGCUUAUGAGGGAAGGACAACAGCUCCUUGCAGAAGGGCGUAACGACCCGGUCGAUCCAACGUCAAUCGAGAUAUACGGAGAGUUCCGCAAGGGUCUGGCGCACCUACAGCAACUGACCGACAUCUUGCCUUCCAUCAAACAACUUGACGGCGAGGUAGUCCGCACAGGUGACAGACCAGUCGAAAUUGGAGGACACAGUCAGAUAUGGAAAGGGCUUUGGCUCGAUGACAUUGAUGUCGCAUUGAAGGUCCUCCAAGAAGUGCGAGUGUCACAACGCGCUCAGAACCGUUUCAUACGAGAAAUCGAGAUUUGGUCGAAGCUCAAGCAUCCUCAUGUCCAACCACUCUUCGGAAUUGUGACCAACCUAGGCCCACUCGUCCAUGUUGUCUCGCCUUGGAGACCGGAAGGGAAUCUUCUGGAGUAGGUGCUAUAUCAAGACGGCGGAUUCGACUCAUGAUCUCUGAGCGAUGAAAACACAAUAGGUAUGUUGGACGCAUGAAGAGCGCAGAUAAAGUACACUUGGUGCGUGAUGACAUCGCCGAUGAAUAGUCGCCCUCGACGUACUCACAGUGCGCCCUCCAGUUAUGGGGUG